AACGCGGGUCGGUCGGAAGCUCUUCUGCAGUAAACCCGUUACGGAAGCACAUGAAGGAGAUCGAGUACGGUUUCUGUGAUCGGCUAACAAGCACUUCGGUGUAAUAAGGUUAGGAGACAUGUCCUACUACUCAUCGUCCCGGAGUUCAUCUCGGGUCACCGACUGUAAAGUGUAUGUUGGCGACCUGGGCAACGGCGCCGCCAAGGGGGAGCUGGAGCGCGCGUUCAGCUAUUACGGCCCGCUGAGGACCGUCUGGGUGGCCAGGAACCCCCCCGGCUUCGCCUUCGUGGAGUUUGAGGACCCCAGAGACGCAGAAGAUGCUGUUAAAGGCAUGGAUGGAAAAGUCCUGUGUGGUUCCCGUGUUCGUGUGGAGAUGUCAACGGGCCUCUCCAGGAAGGGGCGUGGGCGCCCCAGCCGCCGCCAGUUUGACCCCAACGAUCGGUGCUACCAGUGUGGGGACCGGGGCCACUACGCCUAUGACUGCUACCGCUACAGCAAGAGAGGAGGAGGAGGAGGCCGCCGCAGCAGGUCUCGGUCCCAUUCGCGAUCCCGCUCCAGGUCCCGCGGGCGCCGGUACCGCUCUCGCUCCCGCAGCCGUAGCCGAAGCUACAGCCGGAGCCGCCGCAGAUCUCCCUCUUACUCCAGACGCAGAAGCAGGUCUGGCUCCCAAGCCCGGUCCAAGUCCAAGUCUAGGACUCCUGCAAGGAGGUAGGCUGUGUAAACCAGGUGUUUUUUCAGGUUUUGAAGUCUAAACUUAAUCAUCAAGGACAAA